CGCCGGGCCUAGGCUGCUGCCAGUCGCCGCUGGAGCAGCAGUGCAGCCCUUGAGUCUUCGCGUCCUCGUCCGCCGCAUCCGCCUGCCAGGCCGGCCGCGCCAUGGAGGGCUACCAUAAGCCUGACCAGCAGAAGCUGCAGGCCCUGAAGGACACGGCCAAUCGCCUGCGCAUCAGCUCCAUCCAGGCGACCACGGCGGCCGGCUCGGGCCACCCCACGUCAUGCUGCAGUGCCGCGGAGAUCAUGGCUGUCCUCUUUUUCCACACCAUGCGCUACAAGCCCUUGGACCCCCGGAACCCUCACAACGACCGCUUUGUACUCUCCAAGGGCCACGCGGCCCCCAUCCUGUAUGCUGUGUGGGCCGAGGCCGGCUUCCUGCCUGAGGAGGAGCUGCUGAACCUGAGGAAGAUCACCUCGGACUUGGACGGGCACCCUGUUCCGAAACAAGCUUUCACCGACGUGGCCACUGGCUCCCUGGGCCAGGGCCUUGGGGCCGCUUGCGGGAUGGCCUACACAGGCAAAUACUUCGACAAAGCCAGCUACCGCGUCUACUGCUUGUUGGGAGACGGGGAGCUGUCGGAGGGCUCUGUGUGGGAGGCCAUGGCCUUCGCCAGCAUCUACAAGCUGGACAACCUGAUCGCCAUUCUUGACAUCAACCGCCUGGGCCAGAGCGACCCCACCCCGCUGCAGCACCAGGUGGACGUCUACCAGAAGCGUUGUGAGUCCUUUGGCUGGCACACCGUCAUCGUGGAUGGGCACAGCGUGGAGGAGCUGUGCAAGGCCUUUGGCCAGGCCAAGCACCAGCCGACGGCCAUCAUCGCCAAGACCUUCAAGGGCCGGGGGAUCCCAGGGAUAGAGGAUAAGGAGGCGUGGCAUGGGAAGCCCCUCCCCAAAAACAUGGCCGACCAGAUUGUCCAGGAAAUCUACGGCCAGAUCCAGAGCAAGAAGAAGAUCCUCGUGACCCCGCCGCAAGAGGACGCCCCCUCGGUGGACAUCACCAACAUCCGCAUGCCCAGCCCCCCCAGCUACAAAGUUGGCGACAAGAUAGCCACCCGCAAGGCCUACGGACAGGCCCUGGCAAAGCUGGGCCGCGUCAACGACCGCAUCAUCGCCCUGGAUGGGGACACCAAGAAUUCCACCUUCUCAGAGAUCUUCAGAAAGGAGCACCCAGACCGAUUCAUCGAGUGCUACAUUGCUGAGCAGAACAUGGUGAGUGUGGCGGUGGGCUGUGCCACACGCAACCGGACAGUGCCCUUCUGUAGCGCUUUCGGAGCCUUCUUCACACGGGCCUUUGACCAGAUUCGCAUGGCGGCCAUCUCUGAGAGCAACAUCAAUUUCUGUGGCUCCCACUGUGGUGUGUCCAUCGGGGAAGACGGGCCCUCUCAGAUGGCUCUGGAAGACCUGGCCAUGUUUCGGUCAAUCCCCACUGCAACGGUCUUUUACCCAAGUGAUGGUGUGUCUACGGAAAAGGCAGUGGAAUUAGCAGCCAAUACAAAGGGUAUCUGCUUCAUCCGGACCAGCCGCCCAGAAAACGCCAUCAUCUAUAACAGCAAUGAGGAUUUCCAAAUCAAACAAGCCAAGGUGGUCCUGAAGAGCAAGGAUGACCAGGUGACUGUGAUUGGGGCCGGGGUGACCCUGCACGAGGCCUUGGCUGCUGCCGACCUACUGAAGAAAGUCCCCUGACCCCGCCCCCCGUCACACUGGAGCUGCCUCUGGGAGGAUGGUGCGAAACUACAGGCCCUGCCGCGCCACUCCAUGUUCUUCGAUGCUGCAAAGGCCAAGAUCCCCCGGCCCGGGAUAUGAGGGGAGGGGGGGGGCGCUUCUCUUCCCUGAGACCAGGUGCUCCCAGGUCGGGGGUGCAGGAUGCCAGAGGACGUGGGCGUCACAGAUGAGCAGCGACAGCAGUCAGGCCCCGGAGGGUUGGCAGACCCUAGCUAGGUAACGGGAACAGGGACAGCGGUCUCCCCAGGAGAGGGAGCAGCUGUGCAGUGACUCUUCGGACACCUCCGCCUGUCCCCACCUGUCAGAGGACACCCCCAGCACCCAGGCCUUCCCCCCCAGCCACGCCCUGCUGUUUUGUCCCC